AGAACACGUCCCGUGCUCAUGAACGGUCCGGGUGAAACAACAUAGUUUCUCGUAUCUUUGGCUCACAUCGACCGGGAAGUGUGCAGCGUAACCAUGACAUUGACCCUGCGGUCAGUCAAAGUUAUUAGGUAAGAGCGAACAUGGCUGCGCCCACAGGACCGAAAGCACCACAAGUCCCUAACCCGCCUGGGUUUGAAGGUUUUCCGUUUGCAGUGGCCGGGAGACCACCGGAGGACAGCCCCGGGAAAGAGCAGGAGCAGGGCGGGGAUGUGAAAAAGAAGCCGUGUAGGGCUUGUACGGACUUUAAAUCGUGGAUGAAGGUCCAGAAGAAACAGGCGACAGCUGCUGUACAGGAGACCCGAGCUGCAGAGUCAGAGCCGCAAGAAGACCCACAGUGUCCACUAGACAGGCAAGAGCUGGGACGUAACACCUGGUCCUUCCUGCACACUAUGGCAGCGUAUUACCCCGACCAGCCGUCUUCUACCCAGCAGCAGGAGAUGGGGCAGUUCAUCAACCUUUUUUCCAAAUUCUUCCCAUGUGACGAGUGUGCAGAAGACCUCAGGGCCAGAUUGAAAACUAAUCAGCCGGACACCAGGAGUCGCCACGCUCUUUCUCAGUGGUUCUGUCACAUCCACAAUGACAUCAACGUCCGCUUGGGCAAGCCUGAGUUCGACUGCUCCCGUGUGGACGAGAGGUGGAAGGACGGAUGGAAAGAUGGUUCCUGUGAUUGAGGGGGUGCAAAACUUUCAGUGAAAACACCACAAGGUGGAGCUCAUAUCUCUGUUGUGGAGACAGAUCUGAGACGUUUCUUGUUUUAUGAUUAGUUAAAUAACUGAUCUGGUAAUAUGAGUAAAGAAAACGAGUAUAUACAAAGUAUUCCCCCAUUUCUUUGGUUAUAACCGCAAAACAUAGCAAAGCUAAUUUCAGUUAUUGGGUAGUUUUAAAAGUUUACAAAUGUUUAUUAUGUCCAAUCUUGUGUGAAAUACAGAACAUAUUUUUGGCUUUUGGGUCAUCCUUUCAGGUGCGACUUUAAUUUUUCUGCUAAAUUAGUAAAUUGUUAUUUGAAAUGUUGUUCCCUGGUCUGUUAUAAUUUUUCUUGUUUAACCCAAAACAACCAGUACAACACCAAAUAUCACAUUCUUAAAUGUGUGAAAAAAUGUAAUAUAAAAAUUUCAUUAUGUCAGCUGUAAUAUAUGUGAGAGAAAUAUAUAUUUACACAGUGAUGAUUACAGAAUGCUUUUGCAAUAUCAUACCUUUCUGUUUGUGUGUUUGUGUAUGUUGUGGGGUGGUUUACCUGCAGAGUGUGUUAAUUUAUUUGCUUAAUUUAGUGCUGAGAUUGGUACACAUGUAAUUCUAAUGAGUAAUUGAUAAUUUAAUCAUUACAUUUUUAUUGUUGAUUACAGUUUCUCAGAAGUGAUCAUUUGCUUGUCUUUUUCUGAACAAAAUUAUUUUAUUUCUAUCAAAUAAAGCUUGAAAGUCCAAAAAAUA